GUGACGGUGGUGGCGGCGGCGGCGGCGGCGGCGGCGGGGCCGGCGCUGGAGGAGGCGAAAUGGCGGCGGGCGCCGAGGGAGACCGAGAGGUACGGGCCGGCCGCUCCCCUCCUCCUCCUCGCCCGCUGCCACAGGUGGGAGGGGGAGCGGCGAGUGCUGCUUGUUGGGUUUCCCGGCUCUCUCGCUGAGGGGAUUUUGGGGGGUUUUAUUACACCUGAAGCGGUUUCUGUAGGGCUCGCUGGUUCUCUUGCGUAUCGAAUGGAAAAUAAGGUAUUUUGAGCUGACUUUCAUUGGAUACUAAGAUUGGUAAAAUCAUGGAUACGUACGCAAGGGCUCAGGGCAGUCGAAUGAAACCAAGAACGUCUGUGAAAAAGAGUUUUGGUGAAGGUGUUCUGCAGUCUAUGAAGUCACUGCUACACAGCAGGAAAGAGUUAUGCAGUAUAUCAGCAGAUGAAUGUGUAAAUCGGGAAGAACAAGAUCAUUUUAUUGAGAUUACAUUUAUAGGUUUUGCUGAAGAGAUGGGUACUGCACGUUUGCAGGAGUUGGCAGCUGUUUCUGCAGAUCUUCCAGAUGUUCUGAAAUCGCUUCAGUUGUGCAAACUGAAAGAAAAUGAGGUUGUUUUUCUAAAAGAUGUUAGGAAGACCUUGGCAAAACCUUGUGUCACAAAACAUCAGAAUCAGCUUCCUGAAGUGCUUUGUGUGAUGCGACUGUCUCCUGCAUUCCCAAGGAUCAAAGCAGAUUAUGUAUUUACUUUGCUAAGCAAGUAUACCACAGGUGUAAGAUACGCAGUUGAAAAAAAGUCAUUGCAAAAACAUCGACCAGAGACAUCCUGUACAGAAGAUGAUGAUACUAAUCAAUCAGUCUCUUCAAUUGAGGAUGAUUUUGUCACUGCUUUUGAGCAGUUAGAUGAAGAUGAGCCUUCAAAGAUGCAAAGUGUUGGUACAUGCAGCUUUACUUCUCGAAACCAUCGAGAUGCUGCUUCACAGACCAUCCCUGCUCAAUGUUUAGAAGCUGUUGACUCAAAGAUCUCUGUGGGUUCUGUACGUCGAAAGUCAUCUGCAAGAUCUUCUGCUUUGAUUGAUAUUUUUGGACUUAAGGAACUGUCUUCAGUAAAAAAUUCAGUUACAACCUCAAUUUCUGAUCCCUGGAUACAAAGGAGUUUCUAUAAGCCAUAUAAUCCUUCUGAUCAAGGUGUUAAUUUCUUAUGUAAAACAUUGUUUUCCUCUUCUCCAGCUGAAUCCUCUGAGUCGGAUUGCUCCAGCCCAAGCCCCAUUAUCUUCUUAGAUGAAGAAGGAUAUCAGAAGAGCUUGAAGGCAAAGCUCCAGCUGCCAAAAAUUCCAGUAGUGAAAGAUGGUAUAGAGGAUUCAGACUCAGAAGUUAGUGAAUUUUUUGAUAGUUUUGAUCAGUUUGAUGAAUUAGAACAAACCCUGGAAAAGUCUGGUAAAGCCAUUAGGGAUCCCAUCCUAGGGAAUCCCCCCCAGAAAAGGAGGGCUGCCCAUGAAAAACUGUGUUCUACAAGCAUUACAAUGAAUCCUCAGAAAUUCAAGUUUGAUCGUCCUGCUCUCCCAGCCAAUGUAAAGAAACCAACUCCUCGCAAACCAGAAUCACCGUACAGCAGCGUUUUUGAUGUCCCAGAUUCCCCUCGCCCAGUUAAAACAUCAGGGGAAGAGAACGGAGGCUUGUUCAGCCCUAUUAGAUCAUCGGCUUUCAGUCCGCUAGGGAGCUGUGGUUCUUCUGAAUGCUUAUGUCGUAUGAAUCUUGGCGGAGAUGAGACAGGUCAAAACCACCCUGAUGCACUUUAUAAUACUUAUUCAGAAUAUGCUGAUAGUGUUUCAUUUGAAAUACUGGGUUCUGUUUUUCAUUCUGACUCUUCAUCAGAACAAAUACGUGCAGGAAAUGAUUCCAAAUGCAACAGGAUUGCUAUGAAAGAAGAAGGUCAAGCUACAGAUCUCAAAAUUAAAACUAGCAAGGAGCCAGAUAAACAAGCAAAAUCUAAGCAUAAAUCAUCAAUAAUUCGAGAUAGCAUUCAAAAAUUUGCAACUGAAUUAGUUGAAAAAAGUUUUGGCAGUGCUUUUAAGGACCUGCAAAAAGGUGUUUCUUCAUGCACCAAUGCACUUUGUCACUUGGCUGCUAGGUUGACUUCUUCGGUCUUUCAAAUGGCUUUCUAUGAGAUUGGAAGACGUAGAGCAAUCUCCCUGAAGGAGCGUGCCAUUAACGGGCUAGCAAACUUUUUGGUGAGCGAAGCUAUAACUGGUGCUUUGAAAGAACUGCGGCAUGUGAAGAAGCAAAUAUUUACCAAUACCGUUGCACGGUUUGCCGCAGACCUUGCCGAAGAACUUGUAUUUGAAGGAAUCAUGGAAGUAUGCCAGUUUUCAUACCCCUCGACACCUACAGUUGCACAGCCUUCUUCAUUUGAUUAUGAAGACAAAGUAGUAAGAUCUUAUGCCAGAGAUCUGUCUGAAUCUGUCAUUCAGGAGGCUUUUAUUGAGCUAUCCCAGGUUGAUGUGACCUUCACGACACAAGCAGCCAUCAGUGUUUCCAUGGACAACAUUAAAUAUGUGAGUGCAGAAAGUAUGUUAGAGUCAACACGGACUUCCAUGUUUUUGCCUGAUUUUAAUGACAGGGUAGCACUGAAUCCAAUCCAAGAUUUCAAGAAAGAAUACACAGUACAACAAGCACUGUUUUGUACCUCCGGUGUUGUAAGUUCAGUACCUGUGCCCUUAGCUGGAAGAGCUCUUUGUCAACAUCAGUUUUCCUCUGAUGCUUAUAAAGCAAAAGUAUGCACUGCUCUGAAUUCUGAUAACAACAUGAAAGUAUACAAAGACUGCUCUCAUCCAUUUUUCACAAGCAGAAAGAGAGAAGAGGAAGUCUCUUCUUUCAGAAAUAUAUACCUAACUUCAGAUCAGAAUCAAAGUACUGAAAAUAAUCCAUUAAACAAUACCAAACAAGUGACUAACAUGUCUGGAAUAGGCAGUAAUUCAGAAUUAACGAGUGGGUCAAAAAGCAUUAAUAGUUUCUCUGGAACUAUGGUAGAUAUGAUAGUAAAUGAGGCUUAUGAAGCCAUAACCUCAUCUCGGGUAACAAAAGCAGUAGAAGAGUACACAGAGUUUUUGUCAAGAAAAAUAGUAGAUAAAAAAACAUAUGUGCAAUGUACUGGUGAAGAUGUCCCCAAUAAUAUGUUUGCAGAUCACUUGGCCAAAUAUAUCAUAAAACAAUCUGUGGAUGAAAGUAAAACUGUGUUAUGCAACACUGGUGAGAAUUCUGCACGUAACGUGGGCUCACAGACUUAUGCAGAUACCAGUAGAAAAGAACAAUGUGUGAUAAAGAAGCAAGAUGCUGAGAAACCAAGUAAUGUUUCUAUAGUUGUUGAACAACAACAGAUGCCUUUGAAUAAUCCCUCUAAAUUUCUUCUUACUCCAGCUAAUUCUGUUCAGUGCGUUUCAGAACCUAAAGACUGUUGGCAGGAACAAAAAGGACACAGGUUUUCAAAAUCGCCACUGCCUUGUUCCACUGUGACUUUUGCUAGGCAUGUUCUAGAGGACUUUACUGAUGCAGGAAGCUGCUCAAUGACACUCUUAAACAAGCACUCAAAAAAUCACGAUAUUCAAAAACCACCAUCAGGACCUUUGACUUACAGGCAAGCUGAUUGCUUUCCACGUGCAAAUAGCUUUUCUUCAGUGAUGUUUGGCAGUGAAGAUGCUUUGCAGAUGGCUGAUAAGUCAAGUAUCAAAGAUGGAAAUACCAGUGUAAUGCCUGACACGCCCCCACCAACUCCUUUAAUACCGUGUCAAGCUAGUUCAGAAAGAAACCUGAGAAAACUGUCAAAGAAACUCAAGGGAGAAUUAGCAAAGGAAUUUGCACCCGCGACGCCACCUUCUACACCAUACAAUCCGUCUGUUGCAGGUUUGUCUGAAACUGAACACAGCUCUUUGGAAAAGGAGGAGUUUAUGCUGAAACUCAUGCGGUCACUUUCUGAAGAAGUAGAAAGUAGUGAAGAUGAAGAUCAUUCUGAAAAGGUCAUUGAGAAUGAGGAACAUGCAGAAAAAACUAUUCAGUAUGCAGAUAACUUAGCUAGUCAGAUAAUUUCAGUAGCAACUGAAAUGGCUGCUUCCCAUUUAGAUGAUAAAACAAAUGAAAGAGAAGCUGAUAGACAGGUUCAGUUAAGUACGCAAAACAAAAUAUGUGGAUAUCCUGCCUUUAUAAACGCCCCAGAAGAAACAUGCAGCUCUUUAUGGAAUUAUGCAGGUGAUAUGGCAGGAAAAGUAAUCAGCGAAGCCAAGAAAAUGGUGAAAUCAAGGCAUUGUAAACUGCUGAGGUUGAAGCGGGUUAACUGUCAAGUGGAUUGUCUUUAUGUGAGAAAAGACGAUAAAGAUUCUAGUUCAAAGGAGUGGUGUGGUCCGGUGAGGGACCAGUGUCUUGGUGAGAGAGAUUCCUCUGUACUUUCUUUACCACAAGGUUCAGGCACGAUGGGUUUGACUUCCAAGUACCCAAGCUGUGAAAGUGUGACGGAUGAAUAUGCAGAUCAUAUUAUUCGUAUUUUGAAAAGGGAAGGUGGUAACCCUGAGCUGUUGAUGGAUCAGUAUGCUAGCAGACUUGCUUACAGGUCCAUCAAGUCAGGCCUACGGCAAGCUGCUCGUAAAACGAAAUUGAGAUGCAACAGAAUGACAUUUCCCGGGCAAAAUGUACAGGUAAAUGGUAAACUGGAGCUGAUCAAAACAGUGAAUAAAGAUGCAGCACAGCAAGUGAAAAGCAGCAUUCAUCACUGUGAAGAGCAAACUUACGAAAGGAGUAUCAGCACGCAGAGAACAGAUUGCGCGGAAUUGUUACGCUUUUCAGAAUCCCUUGCUUGCAACAUAACUAGUGAUGUCAGGAAGAAAUUGAAAAUUUCAGGAGCAUGUUUACCAAAAUCUCUGACAGAUUCCUGUCUAUAUGAAAAGACUGAACUUGAGGAAGUCACAGGAGAUCUUAUUAAAACAAGAGUUUCUAGAACACUUCUUCCUUUCUCCCCCAGUCGUAAACUGUAUCAUAGUACGGGCAGUUUAAAUGAAAAUGGCUACCGUGAAGGCAUAAUUCAAGCUAUAGAACAAUAUGCUAGGAAGGUAGCAGAUGAUACUCUAGAAAUGAGUUUAGAAUCUGCUGUUCUCCAGGUGGCUGAAAACAGAAAAAAUGGAGAUAGGCUUUCCUAUACGGACAAACUGUCUCCUUUUUCUGGAACUGUCUGUAGAUGCUGCAGUAUGAAGGAACAUCAGUACUGUACCGAAAGUGCAUCUCAUCACUUACCUGCGCAGAGUUCCUCCAUUCCCGUGAGGCAUUUCCUUCAACCUAGAUUGGGUGGUGUCUGCCAAAAACCAAGAGUCUUUCAUCUUGAUAUUCCCAAAAUUCACGUUGAUGUAGAACAGAAGACAGUGUUUCCUGACAAGGUGGCUCCUGCGGCUGCUGAGAAAGCAGAGGGAGAGCUGAGUUACACAAGCGUGACAGCUGACAGUGGUUUUGGACAAGAUGGAGUCAGUUUUGCUGAAAGCCUUACUACUGAAAUAAUGACCUCAGCUAUGACUAAUAUUGGUCAGGCAGUUAACAUAAGCUCUGCUGGAAGAGAAGGAUUUCACUCUGUUGAAUCUAUUGUUAGCCAGCAGAUGAGCCUUAGUAUCGGUGAUGAUAGCACUGGCAGUUGGUCCAAUCUAAGUUUUGAAGAUGAACAUCUUGAUGAGAGCAGCAGUUUUCUUCAUCUCAGUGACAGUUCAGCUGUGUUCUCUUCUUCUCCUGGCAGUAAUGGUAACAGCAGUAGCUGGAGCAGUCUUGGUUUAGAAGGAGAUAUAUAUGACGAGAAUUUAUCCUUUCCAACAUCAGACAGUGAUGGAACGGACGAUAAGGAUGAAGACACCAAGGAUGCUGUAGAAGGUUUGGAGCAAGUAAAAAAGACUUUAGCCAUAGUAAAUAUUGAUCUGGAACCAAAUCUAGUGGACCCCCAGCUCAGAGCAACACUCCAGUGGCUGGCAGCUUCUGAAACAGACGUGUCCGAUCUUCACUUUCAUGACACUGCUGCAGGAGAAUUUGUCCUUCUUUCCAGAAGACUGCGAGAAAGGGAUUGGAAAGUGGGAGAUCUCUUGCAAGCAGUGUUGAAGUACUGUGAAAUGAUAGAGAAGGCGUCUGAUGGAGAGCAAGCUCUAAAUAAGUCUUUGGCUGGGUGGCUACUGGAAAAUGCCUGAAGAAGUACAAAGAUGCAACGCUCUUCGCUUCAUUCCUCUUUGAAAAGGAGAUAGGAAGAACACAGAUAUGUAAUGUAAAAUCCAAUUAAUGAAUGUUCAGGUAAUUGUCAGCAUUUAAAAGACUGAGGUGAAAGUCAAAAUAGCUGUGCUGUGCUUUGUGAUACUGUGCACAUGGUAUGUUUAUUCAGUCCAUAAUCGAUAUUGUCCACCCAUGCAUAACUUGUAUUUACUGCUGUGUUCAGACCAUUGAAAUAGUUAUGAAAAAAUACCUUGUCCAUGACAGUAGUUCAGAGGAGACAGUCUCAGGCAUGAUAUUCAGGAUUCCUGCUGUACCAGGAUAGCUCUCUUUCCCGUUUGUGUGUGCUGUAUUUGCAGUAGGACUAUAUUCUAGAAAAAUCUGUUCCAAAAAAUCCUACUGCAGACAACGGUAAAAAUUACCAAUCUUGGCCAGGUGUUUAGUGCCCAAGGGCAGAAUUACCAGGAGGAAAAUUGCGACUUGUCCAAGCAGACCUUUAGUACAGUCUGGCUUCAUAGCUGCCUUUAUCAGGUUUAACUGCAUAUAAAGAUGUGAGAGUCUGCUCUGAAAUUGAGGUGCAAAUACAUGUUCCCUUUUGUUGACCAGAGAACUGAUAACUUGUGGUGGAAGGGCAGAGUGGGCAGCUGAGCAUAAUUUCAUAAAAACUUCGGCAAAGUUUCCCGAAUCUUGCCAAUCAAGUUUGAAUUGUUAAAUUUCUUCCUGAAGCUUCUUGUAUGCGAACACUUCAACAGACAUUAAUUUUGAGUCUGAAGAAUUUGUUUGUUGGUCUCUGUUGUGGUUUAACCCCAGUAGGCAGAUAAGCACCCCACAGCUGCUUGCUCACUUCCCCCUCAGCGGGAUGGUGGGGAGAAUUGGAAAGGUGAAAGUGUGAGAACUUGUGGGCUGAAAUAAAGACAGCUUAAAAAGUAAAGUAAAGUUGCACUCGCAAACAAAGCAAAAUAAGGAAUUCAGUAGUACCCAUCAGCAGGCAGGUGUUCAGCCGUUUCCAACAAAGCAGGGUUCCAUCAUGUGUAAUAGUUGCUUGGGAGGACAAACGCCAUGACUCCAAAUCUCCCCCUUGCUGCCUUUCCCCCAGCUUUAUUCCUGAGCGUUAUGUCAUCUAUAUAGCAUGGAAUAUCCCUCUGGCCAGUUGGGGUCAGCUGUCCUGGCUGUGUCCUCUCCCAGCUCCUUGUGCAUCCCCAGCCUGCUCACUGUCAGGGCAGCAAGAGGGGCUGAAAAGUUCUGGGCUCUGUGUAAGCACUGCUCUGCAACAACAAAAACAUCAGUGUGUUAUCAACAUUGUUUUCAUCACAAAUCCAAAACAUAGCACCCUGUGAAACUCUGUGAAGAAAAUUAACUCUAUCCAAGCCAAAACCAGGACAGCCUCACACACAGAUAUGUUAAAAGUGGCACAUAGAAUCUUUUUCCUCUGAGAAUUUUGGUCAUCUAUUUGACGAGUCUAAUUCUUUAUCUCUUACCUUCCAUAUAUGAGUUUUCUUGUCAGUAAUGAAGAGACUUGUUACAUUUUGAGCACUUAAAUGUUAGCAAGGAAGGCUAAUUAAAACAUAAAGGAGAAAUUUGUUGAAAAAUGAUUUUUCAUUUUUCUUAACUACCUUUGCUGAUUUUUUUCAAGGCACUGUUAAUCAAGUCGUUUUAGCAAAUCUAAUCGUGUUUCUUACUAGUGCUGCUGACUUGCAUUCCUAUCUGAAGGAAAAUCUGGAUCUUUAUCCUGUGGUUUGGAAGUGCUUUUUGGGUUUUGUUUGUUUAUACAUCCUUUGUUUAGAAAAAGACACAUGCUAGUAAUUACAAGGCUGCCACCUCAAAAUUCAAAUCACUUGCAAGAGAAUCAUGGAGUUUUGCUUGUUUUGGAUGAGCAACAGAAUCUUAAUGGCUUUGUCACAGGGAAAUACACUGUUGGUAUGUUGUGUGAGUUUCAGGGUUGGAUCCUAAAUGAAAAGAAAUGAAGUCUCUAAAUCUGUUCAUGAAUUUUAGUGCAAUGUGGACAACUGAUUCCUCCUGCUCUGCUAAAUUACUCUAAGGUGUCACACUGGUAGUCUCAAGAGCACUUUUCUUGCAAUGUUUUUGUGUGUCAGGAAGGUAUUCCGCUAGUCAUUGAAGGUCUUUUUAUAGAGACCUGGUUUGUUUUAGUCUUCAUUUGUCAUCUGGAUUUCAAAAGGGACCCUGUCUUGGAUCUCAGAGUUUACCUUUCAAACUGAGUUAAAGACUUAUAUUAAGCAAAUGUGUGUUCACACAUGUGCGCGCGCGCACACGCAUAGGUAUGUGUAUGUAUCUGUAUAUGUAUUAGAUCUCACCUAUAUGAACUUGCAAUGUAAAUUUUUACUGCUAACUUAAAAUUCCAUGUUAUUUGUAUAGUUUAUUACCUCACUUCAUGUAUCAUUUCACUGAUUGAAAGAUCUAUAUAUGUCAUAUGACAAAGACCAAAAAAAAAAAAAACAACAAAAAAUUGUGCUCUUUUUCCUUGUUAUAGGUAAUUGAUGUUAAGUGACAGGAAUCUGUUUUCUCUAGAGCACAGAGGGGAAAGCUGUUUUAAUUUUUAUAUGUGGAAGAUGGGACUAAUGACAAAUACACUUGAACGGUUGUGCACAUUUAUUUCUUUGUUUCUUCCCCCUCCCCCAAAUUUUCCUUUUCCUUUUUCUUUUUUUCCAGGUGUAGCCUUUGACAAUGUUGACUUUCAGCUUUGUUCUAGACAAAAAUUUGGAGCCAUUCUCUGGCUGUAACAUCUUCCCUUUUAAUGUACUUGCAUCAAUUUAACUUGAAAUUCGAAAUGUCAAGAAGAUCAAAUACAAAAAAAAAGAGUUCCUCUGGACUAACUUUUGCUCUGGGUUUUGGUAUUCCAACUGAAGUGAAAUUUCAUGACGUGAGGAUACAAUAGGGCUAGUACAGUGUUUCUGUACUUGUUCAAAAAGCCAAGCUGAGAAUUGUAUUGAAGACAUUGUAAAUGUACAAAGCUGUCCAGGUGGACUUAAACAAACAAAAAACAGGAGCAGCCAUCUUUUAAUUGAUUUAUUGAGUAUGUUGGAUUUUAUAAAGUUGGUGAAGUUUUUCUUUUUAAUUGCCUUUUCUGGUGAAAAGGUAGAAGAAGAUUGUGCAAAUUUGAAAACUUAAAACUAUUCCAGAACUUAAUUAGACAAUAGUUGCACUAAAAAUAGUUGUAAAUUGAGUCAUCUUUUCAGACUGGAUCAAAUACAUUGCAUAACUCUAUUGAUUGGUGUUAAUGAAGAAGUUGAUUUAUUAGCCUGCAAGGAAAGUAACAGCUUCCAAAUUACAUGAGAAGUUACAAAAUACUUCAUUUUUUACUUUCAAAAAAACCCCCACAAUUUUCUACACAAAUUGUUUUAAACUCGUAUUCUGGAUGCCUUGACUUCUUUCUUGGCUACUGAAAUUGGAAAAAGCAUUAAAACAGCCUUGCUAAAUUAUUAUAAUUGAAUCAUUUUAAUAACCGUUGGGGAAACCUUACUCUGAUUGUGUAUAACUGGCGCUGUCUGUCAUAUUAGUGACACAGCUGUUCUUUGCUAAAGUGAGUCUUAAUGCUAUUACUAAGUUCAUUUAAAACUCCUGACCACAAAUACAGAAGUGUAAAUGAAAACUGUAAGAACAUAGAGGACCACGUUUUGGUCCAUUUAAACCAGACAAAUGUACUUUAUAAACACAUAAUGAAGUAUAGUUUCUUUCCUCUUGCAUUUUUCUGUAUGGGAAACCUGACAUAGUAAUUUAAUUUUAAAGAAAACAUACAAUGGUGUUACUGUUCCAUAAGGCACUCUCUCUUAAACACUUCAUUAAAUACAUUUGGUGUUCUGAAAAAUAGAACUUUUGAUGUUUUAUAAGAUACUAUAGAAAAAGCACUUUGAAAAUCAUCCCUCUAUAAAUUAGCAAAUAGAAGUGGCCAUAUUUAACAUAAAUUUAAACAUUCAGAGUGGAGUACAUAAAUAAUACAAAAGUAUGCAUAAAGCCUAAAUAUAGAAAACAAGACAAAUCCACAUGCUAAGCUUAAAGAUCUACUGUCUCAAAAUGAGGAUGUGAAAAAGGAGUCAAUACCACAUACUUGAAUAUAGUUUGCAUAGUAUGUUCGUUCUUGAGUUAAAAAAGAUUGUAUAAACUUUUUAAAAAAUAAUAAAAUUAAAAAAAAAAAAAACAACACACAAACCCAGCAACCCACAUUCCGAGACUAAUUAGGUCUCCCCAGAACGGUACCAGAUUUUAAACAUUUUCAAAUACUACUUGUCUGGGACCUUUUCUAUAAAGAGCCACAUAUCGUUGGAGAUGGGAACACAGUAAGUACUAAACACUGUCACCAGCGCAAAAAAUUAGUUUUACACAGGUGAUUUGCAAAGAUUAAGGAAUGAUUUUAGUGCAAGAAUUCCGGCUUUUCAGCAAGAGCCACUACUGUCAAGCAUUUGCUUUACUUGAGCUCUGAAGAGGCAAGUACAAAGCCCAGCCACUGUAGACACUUUAUUUUAUACCAUCUUUGUACAUUCCUGUUGUAUAGCUGGGGUUGUAGUUUUAGAGGGCUUUUGUUCUGUUGUAAUGUCUGAAUAGUAUUUAAUACUACAAUUUAUUAUAAUUUGCUGGAACUGCUGCUUAUUUGUGCAGUGUUAAGGUAAUUCACAGCCCAGUUAGUGAUGCAAUUGUAUACCAAAAGCAGUUUGAAUAACUAUAAAUGUUUAUGUAACUGUACUCAAUGAAUAUGAAGGUCUUGUACUGUAUAAUGGUGAUGAGUUUUGCCAUUUUAAUAACUAUAUUCAGUUUUCAGAUUAUGAACUCCAGGUUGCACUAAAUUUGUUCUCGUUUUAGCAGUGGCUUAAAAUAAAACAUUUCACUGGCUUCAA